AUGACCCCAGGCGACCCCAGGCCGUGGUACGAGUCGAGUCAGGCUUGCUGUAACUUUGUGAAACGUCUGUCGUGUCUCCGGUACUUCUGGUGUGUUAUUCAGGAUGAUCGGACAGAAAUAACAGUUUCAGGAUGGCAGAGAUGUCGGAGAAGCGUCCGGUCCUGCGGAGUCCGUCCGGCAGCCGGGAGCGCCCGCACUCCGUCCCGACCCUUGACCUGGACAGGUGUCUGCAGACGCUGCGACAGGCCAGAUCCGACAGCGAACAGUUCGCUGCUCUGCUGCUGGUGGCACUGCUGCUGGUGGGUAACUUACUAACUAACUAACUAAUACACUCACUCACUCAGGCCAGAUCUGACAGCGAACAGUUCGCAGCUCUGCUGCUGGUAACUAAGAUGGUCCAGGCCCAGGAGACAGACGCCGCGACUCGCAGGAAAAUCUUUGAUGCCGUCGGUUUCACCUUCCCCAACAGGCUGCUCAAGUCUGCAGGAGGACCAGAAGGAGACAUCUACCGAGCCCUGGGAGUCACCAUCUUCUCCUGCUUCUGUACAGACAGCCAGCUGGUUCUUCAUCAUCAUGUGACAUCAAAAAUCCCACUUUUCAAUGACAUCAUCGUAGAACCUCCGGGCUCCUCAGCAGAUGACCAGGCGACACACCACACGAUGGUGGAGGACUGUUACCAGUGUCUGCUGGCCAUCGGCGCCACACCGGCGGGGAGAACUCAGCUCAUCAAUAGGGACUCUGUACCGGUGCUCUGUCAGGCUGUCAGCAAGAAAAUGUACGGUUAUGGCCAGGCGAUGCAGAUCAUGAGGCAGCUCCUGUGUGAACAUGGGAGGGAACUCUGGAACAAACACGGAGACGCGCUCACAAACCUGCUCACCAACAUGGCCAAGGAGUUCUCAGACGCUGAUGACAUCAGCAAGUUUGUGCUGUGUGAAGAUCUGGUUCUUCUGCUGUCAGGCAGAGACAAGGAUUCUGGAGACUUUCUUCAGUACACCUGGGCGGAAGACGUCCUGACGGGUCUCUCAGACAUCCUCGGGAGUUACAUCGGCCCAGAGCAGAGGAACCCUGCCCUGGAGCUGGCCUCCCUCGUGUUGGACCAUCUCGGCAUCGAGUGGGCGAUGUCAGCCAAUGUCAAGUUCGUGCUGCUGCUGGUGAACUUGGCCUGCGUGGAGGUCAGGAUGGUGCUGGAGGAUCCAGAUGUCAAACAGGUCCUACAGAAGUCCUCCCUGAUGUGUGCGUGUUAUAACAUCCUGGAGUCUGCCAUAAUGUACACCUCCUGCACACCUGACCUCCCACUGGACCCGAAGCAGGUGGAGCAGCUGGUGGAGUCUCUGCAGGGGGCGUAUGUCGGCGUCACGUUUUUUCUGGCACAGGUGGCAGAGCAGCCACAGGACAUGUGGUUCCACCCGCUGGUGACUGCGUCAGUGCGAGUUUUGGGGGCCUGGCUGGCCGAGGAGACAUCAGCACUGAGGGAGGAGGUCUACAGGAUACUGCCUUUCCUAGUCAAACUGGGGAGUUUGUCACUAGAGACUAGUGAGGACCAGUCUACUGGAGCUGCGGGGGUGUCCAGCCUGUCUCAGGAGAUGGAAGAGUUAGAUUUACACAAAGAAAAGGAGCCUUACUUACCCAAGUCUGGGGUACUCAGCUUCCUGUUACCGGGUCUGUGCCACCUGACGGCUGAAACCCGACCCCGGGGCAUCCUGAUGCAGCUGCAGGUGCACCAGGUGCUGGCCAGGUGUCUGCAGCUGCACCUGUCCUGCUUCCUCAGCACUAAGGCUCACGAGGCAGAGAUGGCGCUGCGCACGCUGUGCGGAAUCUUCCUGAACCUGCUGGUGCUGAGUCCGGAACACGUGACCUCUCACCCCAACAUGGCCGCCCUGCUGCACAGGAUCAUGGGAGCUGUGCCACAGUUAGGCUGCCCUGAACACACCGUCCUGCUGGCUAACUUUGUGGUUCUCUGUCUCAUGCAGGCAAGACAUGUCAAAGACUUGCAGGAGACGUCUAUGACGAGACAGUUCUUCUGCACAGCUGUGCAGUUCCUGGGCGGGGCGUACCAUGUCACACACGGGGGGGACCAGAAGCACCUGUGUGUCUCUCCAGCGUACAGUCAGCACUGGGACAGCAUCUCGGAACUUUGGUUCCUCGGCAUGCAAGCUCUGGUGUCAUGUAUCCCCCAGUUUCCAUGGUUACCAGCAAUUUUCCUAGAAACGGGCCUGCUGAAGAAUGUUGUUGCUCUGUUACAGGACAUUCCAGGUGGUGAAUUUGACCUUGACACCGUCGACCUCUACCAGAACAUGGUGGUGGAAGUUGCAAAGCAUGAUGGGAGGUGUCAGCAGUGGCUGCAGCAGAAUGGAGGCUUGGAAGUGGCAAGGUCCCUCGGGAUGGCAGAGCUGCUGCAGUGUCUCCAGUCGGCUCAGUCCUGACUUCCCGGAAAUUGGAGCCGGGACAAAGCCGCAUUCCGGGAGGAGCCGCCGCCAUUUUCCGGGGAAAAAUGAAACAUUGUGGAACCUUCGGAGCGUCGGCCUGCGUCUCCCCUCCUCAGAUGGAGAUUGGAUCGUAACUCGAUUAGCAUCGAGCGCACUGCAGGCAGCAGAAUCAGGUUAUAAUGCAAUUAUAGAUUUUCAAUCAUCGACAGUAAUUUUGUGCCUGCACUUUGGGGGCACAGGGGAAAUCUGGGAGAGAUGCGAGAUAUUUUAUACGGAGCAGAAGCUCCUGCUUUUCUGCACUUUGGAGGAAAGUUUGUGCCGGGGGCGAAGCGAGCGGGAACUUGUGAUUGGCACGCCGCGUCUGACACGGGAAGGGAGCGCGGAUGUCAGCCGAGAUGACAUCACCAGAUUUCCCUCGAGACGAGAACUGUUGUUCGUCUUUUUACUCGCAGAGAAACUCUCCGUCUCCGAGAGAAAGGAACAACGCAGCUCAUACACUUCACACCGCAGCCUGACAACAUGAAAAUGCACAAGGAAAGACUCCGUAGCUUUGGUAGUUUUAGAAAUGGUGGCAGUUGCAGAAAUGUUCACCUGAAAAGUUUAAGCAGAUUUGCUAUUUUUGUACCUGAGUAUGUAAGCUUGUGGAAAUCACUUCUAUACAACUGUCUUCUGCGGGAAUUUUCUUUGUAAAGUUGGAAAUUUCAUUUGCGUGAGUCGGUGACUUGUUAAUGUGCCUAUCCUGCAGGCCUGGCCUCUAGGUUUCAAUUGUAGGCCUAAAAAUUCCUGCGGAAUUGAAUUUUCUGACCAAAAUUCCAUUAUUUCAUUCCGAUGACAGGAGAAGCAAUUACUAUUACCCGCAUCUCAACAGUCCGUCUUGUUUUCACUUCGAAUGUUAAGUAAAGACAUUGUGCCCCUUAAUGCUGUUUGGAUACUUAACGUCGUUAAGGGCUAUUUAAGCCGGGAACAUUAAAUUGUGCAGCCGAUCGAGCAGGGAUGAGGCUCAGCUGAUGUGGUUAACUGUGGGGAGGGAGGGAAGUCUCGUCUGUACGGUUAUACUGGCUGUACAGGUACAGAAGCUGGUUUGUUACACGGUUAUACCGGUUAUACCAGCUGUACAGGUACAGGAGCUGAUGUGGUUAACUGUGGGGAGGGAGGGAAGUCUCGUCUGUACACGCAAGGCUGGUGUGUUACAUUGUUAUACCGGGUAUACCAGCUAUACAGAUACAGGACCUGGACUGUUACAUGGUUUUACUGGUUAUACAGAUACACAGGCUGAUGUGGUUAACUGUGGGGAGGGAGGGGAGAGUCUUGACUGUACACGCAACACGGUUAUACCGGCUGUACAGGAACAAAAGCUGGUGUGUUACACAGGUAUACUGGCUAUAUAGGACUGGUAUAGGAGCUGGUGUGGUUAAAUGUGGGGAGGGAAGGUGUGUUAUAUGGUUAUACCAGCUUUACAGAUACAGAAGCUGGUGUCUUGUCUGAUUAACCACAGGCCGUGUUGUAUCCAGAACCCAGCUUUGGAGAAAAAGCACAUAUACAGUACUUCGGCAACAAUGUCAUACACAAUACAGGAGAUGGUGUCUUUUCAUUUUAUCUGUUUAUUUGAGUCGGUAAUUUCUUACUUUGCUAUAAUGUUGAUCAACAACAAGAAUAACGUCCAUCAAUAAAUAUAUCAGCAAUAAAUAAGUGAAGAAAACAUGCAAUUCUGUACAUUUUUGGCAACUUUUGGAGAGCUUGGUCAAUAAGCAACACUAACACAGUAAACACACAGGUUUAUCCAUUUA